AUGUGGGUUGAUGAAAGGCUCAAUCACGGUAUUAGAACCAGUGUGGACCAGGGAUCGGAAACCCUGAUGCAAGCCAUAAUCGAGCGUGAGUUUGCAUCUCACACCGUCUCCUUUGUGUGUCGCUUGCGGUAUAUCGAGCGAUUUGACCAUGUCGCCUCGAUGAAGCAGAGUCAGGUUGUGGAAUGGGACGUCAGAGUUACCAUGUGA